AUCAUGUAAUCGAAAUGUCAUGUAUGGAUGGGAGGUAUAAAAUCGACUAAAUGUUAAUUACACUCAGUAGUCACUUAAUAUCAUUUUGAAAUGCAUAAUAAUCCAGUCUAUGUAUUCAAGCGAGAACUAUAUCAAGUAGUCCGUAGGGUGCUAUAUAUAAGCUUUUAAACUGUCUGCCAACGAGAAAACGAACUAUACAAUAUUUGUGUCAUAAUCUUAGAGAUUUUCUCCAUCAACUAUUCACCUAACCAAAUAUAAGAUAGUCGAAUAAACUAAUGUUAGCACGAAAACCUUUUCCGUUUCUGUACGUUUUUAUUGAUUAAUUAUGACCUCAUGCUUUAAGUGAUUCUAGUGUUUAAAAGCUUAAGCAUGAACUUUUGAACGACAUUACGAACUUAGUAGCCUUAUUUAUUUACCAAAAAUAAAUACGAAUGAUUGACCCUUUCUCCGAAAAUUUCUGUGGUGUCACACAUUUCGAAUGCUAAUUUCCUUUCCAUAUUUCAAUAGCAAGUGCUUAUAAAUACACCAAUAAAGAUUUCUUGAUUCUUGAUAAAUAGCAUUAAUGAAAACAUGCGUUUAAAGAAGGCUAUAUUAUUAUUAUAUAGGUAGGUAGGUACAAAACCCCUGUCCUACUGCCGAAGGGCCCAAUGCGCAUGUCCAAAUAACCUCAUAUUAUCCACGCCUUAAUUCAUCCACAUAAAUUGUAACUUUGUGCUUUUUAAUAUUACAAUAGCAUUUGUGAAUAAACAUAAAAAAGCUCUGUAGUGUUAACUACACCCGUACUUACACUUAGAUUGACCUGAAGUCAUUUUGAUUCAUGAAACGUUGAUGUUUCAGAAAUGUGUCAGUAUGAGGGGUUGUAACAACGUUGAUUGAGGUGCAGAGCUUGUCUCAUGGGAAUUAGUAAAAACUAUGUGAUCGAAGUGUAUAAAAGUAUUGAGUGAAUGAAAGAUAAAAUGGUAAAUGACGCACAAGUACAGUCGCCGCCAAAUUUGGAUGUGCGUGGUGACGAACGCACAAACGAAAAGUGUAAUGUAAAUAGAAGUGUUAAAAUAUUGGAAUAUAAGGGACUGCUCUGGUCAUGUGGUUUGAGGGAAAUAUGUUUAACUGCACUCUGGCUUCCAUUAGGUGCUUUAAUAUUUUGUUAUGUGACAGCGUCUAUAUUCCAAGCAGAUGACAUACACGAAACGCAUUGUAAAGUGUACAAUGUGGUGCCGUCAAUAAGUGCGAUUACUGGAAUAAGCCCCCAGCGAUACAUUUGGAGGAUAUGUAUCGCUUUUCAUUUAGGACCAAGGUUGUUGAUAGGUUCUUUAUAUUACAACUACCAUAAAGAACGGACUAAUUACAUUACGGAGGAGAAGGCUCGAACGGUAGCGACCAAGUUAGGAGAAGCUUGCUAUUGGCUUAAUUUUAUAGAGCUGUUUGCGCUAACGGGCGUCACUUAUAUAUCCAAUAGGGAAAACUACUUCAUUCACGAGAAGAUAUUCAUAGUGUUCAUGGUAGCUGCCCUCUUACACAUGCUGUGUCGGGCCCGCGUCGGCUGCAUCGCAAGUGAUGUUGUGGAGCCAGUCAGGACGAACAAACUCGUCUGGACAUUGUUCUACGUAGCUAUAGCUGCCACCGUGGGACUCAUUAUAUUCUUCUUGCGGCACCGACUGCUGUGUCGGCCAUUAGCAUUCACAUGGUUCUCCGUGUGCGAGUACAUCUUGGCGACAGCGAACAUGGCAUUCCACGCCAUUGUGGUCCGCGACCUGCCUCUACACGAACUCCAAGUGGUGUGUCCUACUCACAAUAAGGCGAACUAAACGUGUACAUACAUAAUUUGAUUGUGAAUGGAAUCGGUCAGCGACACGUAACGGAAUAUGGAUAUUUAACUAGAAGACGACGUGAAAUGAAAUGAGCGGGUGAAUAUAUUCAAGUAAUAUAGGUACGUUCGGCAAUGACAUCGUACUCGUACGCUUUAAAAUGUGGAAGAACAAGUCUUUGAAAAUGAGGUGUAAAACAAGAUCUAUUUGCAAUCAAAUCUAAAAUAGCUUUUAUUUAAAAAUCGAAGUGUGAUCAACGCUUUUAAUGUAGUAUUAGUUAGUACUCACACAAGCAUAACGUGGACACGCCUACGUGUGAUUUUGUUUAAGUGACUUAACACAAUUUUAGAAGCGUUAGCAAGUAAAUGAUGUUUUACCUCUCAUGCAAUCGGAUUUGAAUUUAACGAUAUUGAAUAAUGUGUAAGGCUUUUGGCAGAAAAAAAGUGACCGGAAUUAUGAGAAAUUGCUAAGUAUUUGUGAUUAGGUAUAAAUACUUAAAGUUGGAUAGUAACAUGUCUUUCCAAUGUACAGUGUUAUGCGUAAUGUAUAAUUUAGGUACAUAAUUAUAAUAAGAAACCAAAGGAUAUUAACUAUUCCAAUGAUACCCGCGUGGUAUUGAGAACCAGAAAAAAUGUCUUCGAGGCUUCUUCCAAUAAUUUUAAAUUUACACUUAAUGUUGUUACAAUUGUAUUCGUGCCACCUUAUAAAUGUCGUAAUAGUCUCAAAAGUGCAAGCUUUAACAAAAAAUAUGAAUUCGUAAGAAAUAAGGCAUUUUAAAAGUUUAUCUUUGGGAAUAAAGUCAAGAAGUGAUACGAUCUUCUUCGUCGUCAAUUUUAGGAUCGAGUUUUUCGAAGAAACUGCAACUUUCCAUGUCACUUAAGCCUAAAUACCUUCUUUACAAUUCAGGAAGAAAGUAAGAGAAUGUGUAUUUGUAAAUAUAUAAAAUAAUGUUGAAGAUAAUUAAUUGCCUUGAGUAUUUUAUAAUUAUUAGGUAACAUAGAUUAAUUGCUACUUUGAGCAUUCAAAACUGUUAAAAAUAGUAUAAGAAAUGCAGAGAACGCGAAAAGUAUUCAAAGUCAAAUCUUUCGACUCGAUAAUUCUGAUUUAUCAUGAUAAAAACUGAAAUAGACUUACCUUUAGGAUAGCCAAGCGGUUAUUUAAUUGGAAAUGCGACAAGAAAACAUAAUAAUAUUUCUUAGCUACAUAAACGCAGAUACCACUUAUUUUAAUAACAUAAGUAGUUCUGAUAAUAAUAAUGAGUUAUCGGUCUCAACUUAUCAGUUUCAUUACUUUGCGAUUCAUUUAAAAUUCUUAAUCUAAAGGAAACAAUUGCACCUUUGUUAUGCAAUCAGUAGUCGUUGAUGGGUUCCAGGAAAUUGCUCCGAUUAUCUACCCACCUCGAUGUUCCCACAGACGUGAAAUACCUAAUUAGUGGGGUUCUUGGGCUCUUGGUUCAAGAAGCAACGAAAGUCUCCGAUACCUUACGACUUCAGACUCUAACAGGCAAACGCCAUGUAGGAUAUAGGAAGUUAGGAACCUUAGGUUCCUCUGUAAGGCAUUAGUAGUUGCUUUGAGAAAGUCGACAGGUAGUCAAGACUUGCGUUGCUUCGACUACAAAAGGGCUUACGGGUCAAUUAAUAGUACUUAAUUCAACGGUAAAAUCGAUUGCAAAGAAUUAUUCACACACCAUCCAUGGUUACUGCAACUUGACUGAUGUUAAAAGAAGAAAAUACGUUUCAAUAUUCACCUUUUAAGUCUUCCGAAGCAAGACUUACCGGGUAUAAUCUUAGAGUUCCAAAAUGUUUAAAUGGAAGCCUACUAAAGCGCUAAAAGUCUAAAAGGCCACCUGAAAGAAUGGCUCUACAAACGAAAUGUGACUCCGAAUGUUCUGAUGAAAAUAUCGAAUGUAGCCAAAGCUAGGUACCUAGUAUACCUACCUAGUCAUAGAUGAAGUAUUUUAAAACGUUGGAUUAUGCAAUGAAUUAUGUUUAAGUAAUGUUUUAGGACUGAAAAGUGUUUUUUCAUAAAGUUAAGGGCUGGAAAACAAUUCUUAGAUGAAAGAUAACAUAGAUUAUAAGCUGAUCACGGCGUUGAUCUUAAGGCAUUUGACACACGGUGUCACACACUGUAUCGCUUGACAAUGUCAUAAAAGACGCUACUAAAGUGUCGCAUAAAUUCUGUCUUCACUCCAUAGGCUCUGUAGGCUGGACAUAGUAUAGGAGUCACGGCGUAAGGGUGGCGGCAAAGUGCCUUAAUAACCACCACGAGUGUCGGUCGACACCGUGUGAAAAUGCCUCUAUUCUCAUAAGGUCUAGAUAUAAUUAAAACUAAGCUGAAGUCGAUUUGGCUUGUCCGCACGUCGCGUCGUGAAAAGUGAUUUGUGAAUGUUUCUCCGCUCAGGCUUCUACCAAAGCCUUUGCAGUAUUUUAUAAUAAUUAUAACAUUGUAGUUGCAAGUUUAUAUAAUAAUUAUUACCCAUAUAAUAAUGUUGUUUUGGUUAUAUUCAUCGUACCUGUACCUGUUGAGCGCUCUGACUGUAAGCUCUCUCAGCAGGAACUUCUGAUGUUGUAGAAGCGAGAUGAGAUCAUUUGCAGUGGAGUGUGCUGUCCCGCUUCCACAAUGACGGUUCCUUACUAUAAGAGCAAAUAGUACAGGCACGGGUAUUUACUUAAGCCCUUAUCUACCCUAUAAUAAAAUGCCUUGUUCAAUUACUUCUUCUAUAACUGAAAAGGACCAAAAUUAUUAUUAUUAUCAAUUAUACUACAAUGUAUUCAAACAAAACAUAUCUUAAUUAAAAAUAAUCGACAUCUGA